AUGGGACAUGAGGAGCAUGGAGGGACUUGGCACAUGGACGCAGCUCAACUGGAUACGCAAAGGAAGAAGGGAGAAGCCAUCUUGAAGACCAGCUCGACCGUCUUUUGGAGCAUUCUGGAGCAUAUGGGACAUGAGGAGCAUGGAGGGACUUGGCACAUGGACGCAGCUCAACUGGAUACGCAAAGGAAGAAGGGAGAAGCCAUCUUGAAGACCAGCUCGACCGUCUACUCGACCAACCGGUCGAGUCCUCAACUCGACCGGCCAAGCUUCAACUCGAUCGAGCUGAGAAGUCAACAGUCAAACCCGAAAAAUGUUGCUUCCCCCUUGACUUUCCUUUGA